CCUCCUGCACUUGGUAGGCGCCAGAUUGUAACAGUAUCUCUUUGUCGGUUUCCUGUUCAGUUUCUUUGAGAGACUGACCAUGGCGGCUACCGAGAUAGCUCGGCAGAUGGGUGAAGGGUCCCGCAGUCUCCCCCUAUCAGGACAUGUAGGAUUCGACAGCCUGCCGGAUCAGCUGGUCAACAAAUCAAUUAGCCAUGGCUUUUGUUUUAACAUCCUCUGUGUGGGGGAGACUGGUCUUGGAAAAUCUACGCUGAUGGACACCUUGUUUAACACCAAAUUUGAAGGAGAACCAAUUUCCCAUUCUCAGCCUGGAGUUCAACUGAGGUCAAGCACUUACGAUCUGAAUGAGAGUAACGUUCAUCUGAAAAUGACCAUUGUCAGCACAGCAGGAUUUGGGGACCAGAUCAACAAGGAAGAAAGUUAUAAGUCAAUUGUUGAGUUCAUUGAUUCACAGUUCGAGUCGUACUUGCAGGAGGAGCUCAAGAUCAAAAGAGUUCUUCAUAACUACCACGACUCUCGGAUCCAUGCCUGCCUUUAUUUCAUUGCUCCCACUGGCCACUCACUGAAAUCUAUUGAUCUUGUUACAAUGAAAAAACUGGACAGCAAGGUGAAUAUCAUCCCAAUAAUUGCCAAAUCUGAUGCCAUUUCAAAAAGUGAGCUGACAAAAUUCAAGAUUAAGAUCACAAGUGAGCUUGUCAGUAAUGGAGUGCAGAUUUAUCAGUUUCCUACAGAUGACGAAACUGUCGCAGAGAUUAAUGGGACAAUGAACGCUCACUUGCCAUUUGCAGUUGUGGGGAGUACAGAAGAAGCCAAAAUAGGAAAUAAAAUGAUGCGGGUUCGUCAGUACCCAUGGGGAACUGUACAAGUGGAAAACGAAAGCCAUUGUGAUUUUGUCAAACUACGCGAGAUGCUUAUACGGGUAAACAUGGAGGAUCUACGCGAGCAAACACACACGCGCCAUUAUGAGCUCUAUCGAAGAUGCAAAUUGGAGGAAAUGGGUUUCAAAGACACAGACCCUGACAGCAAGCCUUUCAGUUUGCAAGAAACCUAUGAAGCUAAAAGGAAUGAAUUUCUAGGAGACCUGCAGAAGAAAGAGGAAGAAAUGAGGCAAAUGUUUGUUCAAAGAGUGAAAGAAAAGGAGGCAGAAUUGAAAGAGGCGGAAAAAGAGCUCCAUGAAAAGUUUGAUCGCUUGAAAAAAUUACAUCAGGAAGAGAAGAAAAAGUUAGAAGACAAAAAGAAGGGCCUGGAUGACGAGGUUAAUGAAUUCAAAAAGAGAAAGACGGCAACGGAGCUACUUCAGUCGCAAGCGCAGCAGGCAGGAGGAUCACAAACCCUAAAAAGGGAAAAAGAGCGAAAAAAUAACCCCUGGCUGUGUACUGAGUAAUAUUUCUACUGUGAUGGAAUCGUCUCUUCUUUAUCUAGUACCUGGGUUUAAUCUUGUGGUUUAAGACUGAUUUAUAUAUAGUUGUGGUUGUGUUUUUUUUUUUUAUAUAGAUGAAGAUAUUCCUUAAAGGAACACUCCAAGCACCAUAACCACUAUAGCCAGGAGUCCCUUGGUGCCUUUCCAUUGGAAGAAAUAAAAACAUUUUAGAACAGUUUGAAUUCUUACCUAGUGUCUUCGAGCGACACUCCUUGCGUCCCCUAAAUGGGCCAAUGAAAUAAAAGCGUCUGUUAGCUCUCCUGAACUAAACCAUGUAGUGCAGGGCUAGCUCAUUAGCUGAUCAAUAUCCUUGCAGAAGUUGGCUCAGACAAAGACAUUCUGGCUUUCUGUUUGAAGUAGUGAAGACCGUGAGCGAUACCUGGUAGACCCAAGGUUAGAAGAUAAACAGCAUAAAACAGUUUGAGCCCUAAAAAUGAGGGCACCAAGGCACUCCUUAUAUCAUAGCCACUAAAAUGUACUGUAGAGAAUAUAGUUCUUGAAGUAUUCCUUUAACAAAGAGACUUGCAACCUCUCUAAGCAUUGUGGAGUAUAACGCCUAUCACACUCAAGCAGCCAGAGCAUUACUGCAUAUUCUGGGAGUUGCUGUACACUGCACUUUCGAAUGUCUAAUUGUGAGAUAUAUUUACUUAGAAAAAUUGAGGACAAGAAAAAAAUGCCAAAAAUCUACAAUGCCUUUGCCACUUCUUCAAAUUUCUCAGUUUUGUGAACAAUCUACCAAUCUACAUAGCACAGGUUGGACUGUGAGCAUCUAUAUUGUAAAAGUUAACUUGCAUUUGUGCUGUCACUAGUCCUGUAAGUGGCGUAAUCUUGUUUUUAGUUUUGCUGGCAAAAUAAAACUUGCUUUUUAAAGAGUUUAACCCCUUAAGGACACAUGACGGAAAUAUUCUGUCAUGAUUACCUUUUAUUUCUAAAACUGUGUAUAACUUUGUGUUUACUACUGAUAACUGUAAAUGUGUGAUUUUUUUUAUUUUUUAUUUUUCUUAAAGGUAAAAAUGUAAUCCCUAUGUUGUACUGUAUACCUUUUUUUUUCACUGUUCACUAAUGUUAUUAGCAAAAAAAUAGUUGCAAACAGGGUCAUGUUUGUGAGUUGGAGUGUCACUGUUUACGUUCAUGUGUUUUUAUAACUAAUUGUAAGAUAUCUUCAUUUUCACAGUUUUCAUUUCAUAAUGGUAGCUGCUAUUGAGCAGUUGCAGUUUUGUUAGAAAAGGGUCAUUGGGCAUGCACAAAUGAGCCGAAUUAGGGGGUAUUAAAGAGAAAUGUUGGCAACAAUAUCACUACAUUGGGCAGAGUCAUGGUAUGAUGUUACUGGCCCUGUUUAUUAGCCAUGUGUCAAGAAUGGCCUUUGAAUCCCAGAUAUGAGAGCCCAUGACAUGUACUGGUUUUUGCAGAGUCUACUUUUUUUUUGGCAGAAUGUUGAAAUUGCUUCCAAAAAGUAGAUGAUGAGCGCAGGCCGCUUCCUGUGAAAUAUUCCAUAGAGGCCUAUGGCAUCUUAUUUCACAUACAAGGUCCUACAUUCUUUAAAGGAACGCUAUAGGGUCAGGCACACACUGGUAUUCCUGACCAUAUAGAGUUAAAAACACUCUCUC